AUAUGUGGAAAAAGUCGAUGCCUGCCACGUAUACUACUUCCUCAUCCUCCUGGGCUUCAUAAUAGUAGCAUUCACGUCGACUUUCGUGAGGGUAGGUUUCAAUUCGCUGAGACAGAAAUGGGGAUCCGAUUCUUCACGUUAUGGGGGUUCACUGUCGCUCAAUUGGUUCAUCUCUUUUUUUUGACGAUAAUGGGACAAUUCGUGGUCAAUUCUAACGAAGAAAUCUUUCAAACGAUAUACGAAGCCAAAUGGUAUAAUGGUUCGUCGAGGAUGCAAUCGUUAUAUGUACUAGUGUUGCGAAAAUGUUUGAACCCGCCCACAAUAACAGGUGGAGGAUUGGUACCUUUGAAUUUGGACAGCUUUGUACAAGUUGGUUUACCAUUUUCGUUGAAGGGAAAGAAUUCAAGGCAUCUUGACAUUUCGUCACUUAGUAUUAAUAUUCAAAGUUCAAUAAGAAUUGUACGUCAGAUUUUAAGAGAUCGUUGUAAAGAGGAGAUCUCAGUCUUCAAGAUAGUAGUGAAUCUAGUCACGAGAAAAAUUUUUCAAUGUUUUUAGAGACUUUUUAACUUUUACAAUUCUCGAGAAAAAAGUAUCUUUAUAUUUCCACCGGCUACAUAGUGUAAAAUCAUCUUUGAAAGAAACAAAAUCAAGACUCGAGAAAGUAGAAGCCAUACUCUUUGAAAUGAGAUCAAGUGAAUUGUUAUAUGAUUUUUUUUUUUUUAACGAAGUUUAAUAACAGUUUAAAUUAUCGACAACUUUUCAUCGUUAUUUAUCCAGGUAAAUGAGGUCCUUCAAUUUAUAGGAUUUCAAUUUACAGUAUAAGACAUCGCACAUGAAGAUAUAUUAAUUGAAAAACGCGUGUCUCGGGAAACGGAGAAAAAAAGAAAGGUUCAGUAAUCACGAGAUACGUGAACAAUCAAUAAUGUCGCAAUAUUAAUUUUUCAUGUUCUGUACAUAGAACCACUUUAGCGGCUGAUAACUAUCGAGUUAAAAUAUAUUGAGUUCUUCUAUAAAUCCAUUUACGUAUAUUACGUGUAAAUAAUAUAUGCAGUAGCAUGGGAGAAGGAAGUAAAUUAUUGCCUGCUAUAA